GAACAUUCACGGUGAAGUAAAGAAGUCGACUAACUUUCUUAAUUUAAUGUUUUUACAACUUUCUUAUCAAGCUCGACUCCCUCCGUCUGGCCCUUUCCAUCUUGGUAUUAAUUCUUUCAGACUUACAAUUUUAAUAAUGACACUUAAUUCUUGAUCAUCUCCAUCUCAACGUUUCCUCCAACUGGGACAUCUUGGGUAGAUACCUACCUACACCUUGAGGAACCGCAAACAUACAUAACCAUGGCCGAAAAAGAUAUGCGCCUACGCCUUGUGGUACGAAGAGAAGGUCUUGCCGAUGAACGAUUGAUGUGGAAUAUAUCACUCAAAGACGAUCCGACGAUCUCUAAACUCCUGCAAGAUGUCAACGAGACUAUCACUCUAGAGAUAGGCCAAACAGGAUUAGAGAACUAUGUUGUCGAACUGCAUGAUGCCGACGGUAUGAGCUUUGAAUGCCUACAUUUCCAACCGCUACGUACCAUCCUGAAACCCGACGAUCGGGUCUUCAUCCGAGCACUAAAUCGAGACGACAACCGACGGCGUCGAAUUAGCGGCCGAUAUCAGAUAUCCUCCGAUGGAAGACAUUUAAUAGACGGUGUUGCUUUUGGUCGACGUCCUCUCGUACCUUCGGGUGGCCGAUACCCUAUUAGUCUUCCCCCCAGAAAGCGCCCUAAACUCACAAACGAUGACCCUGAGAACGAACAAGAUACACCGAUGUUAUACCUUACCAAUGGAGAGGAACUCGAUCCUCGGAAGGACUCUUCGAAUGUUAGAUUCGACACAGACUUGGAGGAUGAGGAUGUUGGUGACGAAAAUUUCGGUAGCGACGCGCAGGUAGAUGGUAGCUCCGAAUCCGAAGAUGAGGAAGAGGAAAACUCUGAAUCAUCAGACGAGGACGACCUCGACGAGGAGCUUCAAGGCUUAAUGGAAGAUGCUGCUUCCCUACAAGACGGCCCAGAGCCUGGGAAAGCUCCAGAUGCCAAUCAGCUAGACCCAGGUGAGGGAAACCAGAGUGUAUACGCAUUACGAAGUGCCUUCCCUUUAGCGCCUGUGGAUAUUUGCGAGAAAAUCCUAGAGAAUUCCGACGGCGACUUGAAGGCGGCAUACGGCAAUUUAAUUGAGGGAUUCGAACCAAAAAUGUCUAUAUCUGCAAUGUUGAAAUGUGCCUCGUCAGACAGACAAGUUUCAAAAUCAACAACCCAGGAGACUUCGGCGAAAGGCAUAUCUAAUAAGGAUGAUAUGAUGGAGGAUGAUGAAAACCUUUCAGACGUAUCUGAUGGCGAGAGCGAGGAGGAAGUUUCCACAUUCGUACGAGAAUUUGACCACCGUGGUCUUCCACCUGGGUCGAUUACUUCCGGCAAAGGGUUAGCACAAAUGGCUGCGAUAUCUGGUUCGUUCACUAAUAGUAAAUUUGGCGUCGAGAGUGAAACGACGUCUACGACAUUGAAUGGUAGCAAGGCUAGCCCCGAGAAAACAAUUGAUGGCGAUUCCGGGACUUCCAGCGAUGCUCCAAGCUCUAGUUCUGAAGACGAAGAUUUCGAAGUCGGGAGCGAGGAAGAUGACUCUGACGAUGAUGCAUCAUCGGAGAGUAGCGACAACAGUGAUGACGAAAAUAGCGAUAACAACAAUGAUGACAAUGACAAUGGCAACAGAGAUGCCCGAGCUGGCGAUCAACCAGGUUCACAUAGUGACGCAUCAGAUAGUUCGGAAAAUUCGGAUAGUCAAAGUGACGAUAGUAGUGAGGAUAGCGACAGUGGUCCAGAGGAAACUUCUGCCAAAUCUAACAUGCGAGGAAACACUUCACAGAUAGGUGGGAAGAAGGCACUCGAUCAUGAAAGUUCCGAUAUGGACACGAGUAGCAGUGACAUCUCAAGUGAUAGCGAUGCGUCCUCGUCCUCGUCCGAAGAGAGCUCCGAUGACGACUCUAGCGAAGCUGAAUCAACACCUGGGUCUGGAAGUACUCAUUUCCAAAAGAAGCCACUUCCCGCCGCAAAUACGCGGCAAUCUCAAGUAUCGUUGACUGCAACUUCCCACCUUAAACCUGUGCCUCCUGGAGCUGGAAAGGACAGUACCAAGAGGCGCAAUGCUCGUCGCAGGGCUGCGAACAGGGCCAAGAAGUUAGAAAUGCAAGAUGCGAAUACCACAUACACCGUAACCGCAAGCGAUGAAGCGCAACCCUCUGCUCCCACCCCAACCGUUCUAGAUGAGAAGGCACUAUUUGAAGCUAAGAGGCAAGAGUUGCUGGAUGCGAUCGCUAAUGGUGGGGUGGAAGUUGGUCCAUCAAGGCCUUCAACUACGACCAAACGAAAACGUAAUGAGUCUAAUGAGCUUGCUCAGCAAGAUUCCCUAGAACAUACUCCAACGGAGACGUCCAUGGGUGAAGACACUCAAUCACCGGCCUCCGACCAGAAAAGGCGUCGCGUGGACGUGGGUGCAGGACGUAGGCUGUUGUUUGGUGCGCUAGGUCUUCGUAACCCUAAGUCGAAAGAAGACGAAGACGACCUUAGGGCAAAACUUAUGAAGGAUGUGCGGCCACUUCAGAAUGUUAGACUUGAACAAGACAAAAGCAACCAAAAGGAGGUAUCCGGGAUGUUGGAAGAAGAAGAUGACGCCUGGAAAGAGAAGAUUAUCUACCGAGCUGUGGAGUGCUGUCAGGAAGGGGUAGUGUUAAGCGAACCUCCUUUCCCGUUUGUUCAGCGUUGGGAUCCCCAACAGCAAAGCUCGUGGUUCCAGAAGAAAAAUAAGCGUGGAGGUCAAAGUAAGCGAGCACAGCGUAAUGAAGCACAUUUCUACCAGGAUAAUCGAUCCAACAAGAAGCGAAGACACGACGAGUCUGCGAUGUGGGAUGAAGAGGGAUAUGAUGAUACUUUCAAUGGUAUCAACGACGAUACUAAUGCAGACGUGGAACUCAACUACGAUGACCCCGUGGAUGGUCAACAAUACGGAACGAACGAGCCGACUAAUGAUGCGAGUCAGUUCACGGACAUGGAUGACCUUCCAUCUUUGCCCUCGGAUCUAUCAACCCUUCCCAUUUUACGGCCCGGGGAAGUUCAGGUUGGGAUGGUGAUUACGUGGCAACAGUGGUCAUGUUCGUCGGCGACGAACUGGCAGCCGCAGCUUUCCAAUGUAGCUGGCGUUGUGGUGAGGAUCGACGACGAUGCUACUGGCUUGGAAGUCUGUCUCGCCAAACGAGAUCGGAAUCUAGAUCGAAACGAAAAGAAAUACGAUCAAAACACUGGCCAACGAAUAUACGACAAAUUUGAAGCGCCUGACCUUGAUGACGACGAUGACGAAGACGAAGGGGAAGAUGAGGGAUUUCGGACUAUCGGCUUUGCCGAAAUGCAACAGCCUAGGAUUCUGCAACAGCCUUUGCUUGCUAUGGUAGAUACCGAGAAAUCUAACGAGAAUCCCCAAACCGAGACCAAGUUAUCUAUUGAAACCGACGACACAAGAGUAGGCGUAAACACCGAGCUAUCCAACACGACGAACCUAGCGAAAGAAGAUACGUCUAAUGUUACUAGUUCCGACGCCUCACAAUUAGAACAAGGAGCCCGAAUUGAUAUAUCUACGUCUGAUUCAUCGCGAAUUAGUAGCCCGUCCCGGCAAUUACACGAGAACGCCAGCCAAGCUACCAAUACGAACCCCCAGGACCAUCCUACCAAGGAAAUAACCAGUCGAGGAGAGACAGACUCAGGUACCACGAUGAAGAAACCAAACACCGAUGUAUCAAGCUUAGGUUUUCCUAGUGUCGAACAGUCAUCAGGUCCCCUAUUUGACAGCUAUGAAGAUGAGGUAGUCGCUGGGACGCCAAAAGUCGUGAAAUCCAAGGUCUUUGUCCCUCCAUCAUCUGCGAGUAGUACCCGCAGCAGAAGGCAGCCAGAUCACACAUUAGAUAUGGAUAUCGCGGAACCGGAAUCGCUCAAAGUCACAGAAGAUGGUUGCUCCGUCGCACCUGAUAUGGAGGAUCGUUUAGCAUCAGAUGGCGAUGAGCGUAUGUCAACCCCAACACCUAAACCUGCUCGCCAGAGUACGCCAGCCGCAGACCAAGGAGAGGUAACUACGAACAGACAAAUAUCGUCUCCAGCUAACCCGUCAACACCAAGCUCUUUGGCUUCGUUGAACACUGUAUGGUGCACGGCGCUUACUUCACGCAACACCCAGAGCCCAUGCAAAUCCCAAUCUCAGCCCCAAUCUGUAGCAGCUAAGGCGUCACAACAAGCCCAGGCUCGAAAAGACCGUGAAUAUGAAGAAGCAAUGCGGAGGUUGGACGAUCUUCCAAACGACCAAGAUAGCGUAUCAAGAGUUCCCGACAGUUUCGAGCCGAGCAGCAUAUUAAGAGAUCCCGACGGUGUUGUGGAUGAUGACCAUACCAACAGAAGGUCCUCCAAGUCGCCGCAAAUCAAAGUCUCACCUUCCCCAGUAAAGAAGCGAAGUUCGCUAAAGUCCGCUUCCCAAUUCACACUUCCUCCUGGGACACAAGUUGUCGAAUUGUCUUCCGAUUCAGAACCAGUUUACACCGAGGACUACGCGGAUGAAGAGGUAGAUGGGAAUUACUCUCCCGAGGCAGAUGGUUUCCCUACAGGUAAUGGGUGGGUUAAAAAGGACCUUGGUGUGAAGGCCCGUAACGUAAGAAGCGUGACGGCGCCCCAAGCGAUAAAAAAGAAGCCACUUCUUUCGUCCCGAGGUCGCCACUCGACCUCCCCAUCUUCGUCGACCCCAAAUUUCGGUCCGAUCAAGGCUCGAAGGAAGACAAGUUCAAGGUUUUGAUGGAUGUUGGGUCAGAGAGGUUGGAUGUACGAGUGUCAGGCACUUUAGUAUUGACUUGACUUUAUGGUAUUUGUAGAAGUAUCGCGCGGAUAUGCUUCUUAUAGGAAUACUUUUAUGUCUAUAACUAAGCCAGCCAAAGUAUAAAUACCAGCAUAAUCCGGGACCGCCUAUCGCUGUAUGCGUAACAAGAGGAGCUAUCAAGUUAUUCGUGUAUUUUCUUACAGCUGUAGUAUCACGUUGUAGUAUCACGAAUUCGGCUCGGUGGAGAGGCUAGGACAGUAGAUAUUACAAAUCCUCGGCAGGUUAAACCCAAAACCCAUG